CUAGGUUCACACGAGAAACACGACCUGAGGGCUGAAUAGCGUAUAGAGGCUGAUCAGUUGGCAGGGCUCAGCAAGACUCACAGUCAGAACGUGCUGGAUGUCUGUGGCUGAUUCAUGGGCCUGAAAGACCAUCUGGAUGAUGGAACAGGCCACAUCCUCGAACUGGGGCUGGAUCUAGACUACCUCCAUGUGAACGCCACAGACCAGCAGACUGGAGCUGACACUGGAGCUAUUAUUAUUAGUGGAUCAUCAGACACAGGAGACAUGGUGGCCCCCUGCAUCAGGAGCUGUGGUUCUUCACCACAAGUUGACUCGGAGAAAAGUUCAGGGCCAAAAACUGAGCCUGUGCAGAGCCUUAGUCAUCCUCCUAUUGAUACGCUUAGCCAUGCAGUCCACCCAUUACUCUGUUGGUCUUCAUGUCUAGAUUUGGAUUCACCAGUCUCAAAUAUGGUAUCCCAAGAGCGAGGUCCUGUGAAUACAUUCAGGGAAUAUCAGACAAAGAUGGAGUUUGCCCUUAAGCUCGGCUAUGCAGAAGACUUGGUUCGGCUGGUUCUGAACAAGCUGGGGUCAGAUGCACUGAUCAAUGAUAUUCUUGGGGAGCUGGUGAAACUAGGCAGUAAGCCGGAGAAUGAGGGUGGGACACAGUCUCCCUCCCAGUCCACUUCCACGUCAUCAUCAUCCUCUGGCUCAUCUUCUUCCUGCAAGUCCCCUUCUCAGAUACCCGUGGAUGAUAAGGAUAACCUCCGCCCCAUUGUUAUUGAUGGCAGCAAUGUGGCCAUGAGCCAUGGCAAUAAACAGAUGUUCUCCUGUCAUGGCAUUCAGCUUGCAGUUGAUUGGUUUCUUGAACGUGGCCAUCAAGACAUUACAGUUUUUGUGCCAGCCUGGAGGAAAGAACAGUCCCGCCCUGAUGCUCUUAUCACAGAUCAGGAGAUUUUGAGACGGCUGGAAAAGGAUAAGCUUCUUGUUUUCACACCCUCACGUCGUGUCCAGGGCCGCAGAGUAGUCUGCUAUGAUGACAGGUUUAUUGUUAAGUUAGCUUAUGAAUCAGAUGGCAUCAUUGUUUCCAAUGACAACUACAGAGACUUGGCUGUUGAGAAACCGGAGUGGAAGAAGUUUGUUGAUGAACGCCUUCUGAUGUACUCCUUUGUAAAUGAUAAGUUUAUGCCUCCUGAUGAUCCAUUGGGUCGUCAUGGGCCAAGUCUGGAGAAUUUUCUAAGAAAAAUACCCAUAAUUCCAGAGCAUAAGAAACAGCCCUGUCCAUACGGAAAGAAGUGCACCUACGGUCACAAGUGUAAGUUCUACCAUCCAGGGCGUGGUACACAACCACAGCGAGCUGUGGCAGAUGAGCUCCGGGCCAGUGCCAAGAGCUCCACAGUUAAAAGUCUGGGAGAGACAUGUCUAGAGAAGAGUCACAGUGUGCCUGAAGGUUCCUGUAAUGACAAAGCCGCUGACAGUAGACAAUCUCAUCCAAAGAGGCAAUCUGACCCCAAUAUCCGUGCCCUCUCUUACAGUGAUGUGGAGGAUAAGCUGUGUUCAAAAACCAAAGCAGACCUGUAUAAGAGCAACCUAGCUCUGCCUCCAGCUCAAGGAGGUCCUCCUUUAUCUCAUGGGCAUAGCCAAGACUUAAAGGAUCACAUUAUUUGUUUGUUGAAUAAUCAGGAAGGUCCAUCGUUGUCUCAUGCAGAGCCCCACAAAACCUGUGAGUCUCCAGAACUGUAUUACUCCAUGGUUAGGGCAUAUUCUGGCCUAAGCCUGCCCUCUCAGAGGAGUCCAGAGCGUCACUUCUUGUUCGAUGCUGACCCACGAACCAGCUCAGUGGCAUCAGACUGCAGCAGCGAUGGCAGCAUGAGCUCAGAUUCUUAUGGCAUGGCAACCCACACCGAGCUUUCUUGCAUGAGCUCUCCUGAUUUGUUACUGGAUGAAGGUAUGAAGUGUCAUCACCACUAUCAUCAUCGUAGAAAUUACCAGUUACUCCCUGUUAUUCCUCGAGGGUGCAUUCUCUCCCCUGCUACAUCUAACCACCCUGGAUUCCACCACAGCAUACUUAGUGUUCAUAGCUUUGCUCUAGAAGAUCAGCAAGACCCACACUUCCAGCACUCCUGCAUGUCUCCACAACUCCAGCAUCAAGUGGUAGGUGCUCGCUCAGGCUGUCCUCAAGACUACCCUCCUCUCUGCCAGGGGAACACUCACUCCCAGAACUCUCCACUGGGCUGUGGCCUUACCUCAACACGUGUGGAAAGUGUGUCAGACUCUAGACUUUAUGAGCACUCUCCAUUACUGCCUAGAAAACCCUACUUAUCCCAAGAACGAAAGACCAGUUGGGAUCCAUAUUACAGACAACACCCACAACCAUGCUACGAGCCCUUGAGCUUCCAGGAAAUUUCAAAGAACCGUGAACAGAUGUGGCGGAUGCCAUGGGACUUUCGCUCCACUCCACCCCCACAUUCGUCCCAUCUGCCCCACAUUUCAUCACACCAGCACCAGGAGCCACUCGCCUCGAGUCGUUACCAGGAAGUACGAGAGAAAGUAUUUACCAACCUGUGCAACAUUUUCCCCACUGAGCUAGUCCAAUUGGUCAUGGGGUGGUACCCUCAUGUGACUGACGCCCAGCAGUUGGCAGCAGCCAUCUUGGCAGAAAAGAAUCAUGCUGAAUACUAAGUGCUGAUGUGUUAAAAGGAUACUGCAUCCAAAAAUGAAA